AUGUCCGAACAAGACAUUCAUCCCAAUAAAUACAGCGAACUGCGAAGUAUCUAUAAAUGUUACAUUUAUUCAUAUAAUGCUUUGUAUCAACUGAAAACGGACAAGGAAGAAGAAUUAAAAGAAAUUUACAAAAUAUUCAAAACAGAAUUGAUUGAUUCGAAGAAAUACCCACCAAAAAAGAUUAUGAAAGAUAUUUUCAAUAUAAUUCCGUAUAAUAAUCGCUAUACAAAGUCAUAUUUAUCUCUUGCCAAACUCAUAUCUGAUGAUUACCAUAUCACUGAGGUCAACUGUGUUGAAACUAUUUCAAACUUCCUGUUUUACAAAGAAUAUGGAAUUAAAUUAGACAAAUCCGUUGAUUUUGAAAAAAUUAAAUCAGGAAAUCUCGAUAUUCAUACAGAAGAUACAAUUUACAGAGCAAUUAUGUAUAAUGACUUAGAAAGAUUCAUUUCAUUCACUGAAAGAGAUGGAUUUGAUAAAGAUAAAAAACUUAAAAGUAGUUUAUAUCCAGAUUCUUACGAAGGAUAUUCAUUACUUGAAUUAUGUUGUUACCAUGGAGCAGUUGAUUGUUUCAAAUUCUUAAGAACGAAAUUCAGCACAGAAAUAACUGGAAGAUGUCUUCAAUUUUCAUUUUUAGGAGGAAAUCAAGAGAUCAUGAGUGAAUGUUUGAAAUAUCAAACACCAAAUGAAUAUUGCAAGAAGUAUGCAAUUAUUUCACACAACAUUGAUUUUGUUACGUUCUUAAAGAAUGAAUAUGAUAUAUGGAUCGAUCUGAAUUAUUGUGCCCAGUAUAAUAAUCUUGAAUCAUUUUUAGUAUGUUUCGAUCAAACUAAUGAUGUUAAGAAUUGCUUUAUUAAUUCGGUGAUAUUUAAUAUUCCAUCUCUUUGCGAAUAUUUCCUAUCAAAUGGUGCAUAUAUCAAUAAAAAAUAUAAUGAUAGGCAAACCUCUCUUCAUAUUGCGGCAGAAUAUAAUAGUAAAGAAACAGCCAAACUUCUUAUUUCACACGGUAUAAAUAUCAAUGAAAAAGAUAAAUAUGGAAGAACAGCUCUUCAUUAUGCAGCAGAAUAUAAUAGUAAAGAAACAGCCAAACUUCUUAUUUCACACGGUAUAAAUAUCAAUGAAAAAGAUAAAUAUGGAAGAACAGCUCUUCAUUAUGCAGCAGAAUAUAAUAGUAAAGAAACAGUCGAAAUCCUUAUUUCACACGGUAUAAAUAUCAAUGAAAAAGAUAAAUAUGGAAGAACAGCUCUUCAUUAUGCAGCAGAAUAUAAUAGUAAAGAAACAGUCGAAAUCCUUAUUUCACACGGUAUAAAUAUCAAUGAAAAAGAUAAAUAUGGAAGAACAGCUCUUCAUUAUGCAGCAGAAUAUAAUAGUAAAGAAAUAGCCAAACUUCUUAUUUCACACGGUAUAAAUAUCAAUGAAAAAGAUAAAUAUGGAAGAACAGCUCUUCAUUAUGCAGCAGAAUAUAAUAGUAAAGAAACAGUCGAAUUUCUUAUUUCACAUGGUAUAAAUAUUAAUGAAAAAGAUAAUGAUGAGAAAACCGCUCUUCAUUAUGCAUUACGUUAUGAUAGAAAAGAAACAGCCAAACUUCUUAUUCCACACGGUAUAAAUAUCAAUGAAAAAGAUAAAAAUGGACAAACCGCUCUUCAUUUUGCAUUAGAACUUAAAUAUCAAGAAAUAACCGAACUUCUUAUUUCACAUGGUAUAAAUAUCAAUGAAAAAGAUAAAUAUGGAAGAACAGCUCUUCAUUAUGCAGUAGAAUAUAAUAGUAAAGAAACAGUCGAAUUUUUUAUUUCACAAGGUAUAAAUAUCAAUGAAAAAGAUAAAUAUGGAAGAACAGCUCUUCAUUAUGCAGCAGAAUAUAAUAGUAAAGAAACAGUCGAAUUUCUUAUUUCACAUGGUAUAAGGUCGAUGAAAAAUUGA